CAUAAGAAGCUGUAAUAAUAUGGACUGCCCACCAGAAGCAGGUGAUUUUCGUGCACAGCAGUGCUCUGCUCACAACGAUGUCAAGUACCAGGGACAGUUUUACGAGUGGCUUCCUGUCUCUAACGACCCGGACAACCCCUGCUCACUAAAAUGCCAGGCCAGAGGUGCAGCUUUGAUUGUGGAGCUGGCACCAAAGGUUCUGGAUGGGACCCGGUGCUACACAGAAUCCCUGGACAUGUGCAUCAGUGGCUUUUGCCAAGUUGUUGGCUGUGACCGCCAGCUGGGGAGCGCUGUCAAGGAAGAUAACUGUGGUGUCUGCAAUGGUGAUGGGUCCACCUGCCGGCUGGUUCGAGGCCAGUAUAAAUCCCAGCUCUCAGCAAAUAAAUUGGAUGAUACAGUGGUCACCAUUCCUUAUGGAAGCAGGCAAGUUCGUCUUGUGCUGAAAGGACCCGAUCAUUUAUAUUUGGAAAUCAAGACUCUCCAAGGUGUGAAAAGUGAAAACAGCCUCAGCUCCACAGGCUCCUUCCUUGUGGACAAUUCUAGCAUUGACUUCCAGAAGUUCCCUGACAAGGAGAUAUUAAGAAUAUCUGGGCCUCUCACUGCAGACUUCACUAUCAAGAUCCACUAUGCUGGUGCUGCUGACAGUUCCGUUCAGUUUAUCUUCUAUCAGCCUAUCAUUCAUCGAUGGAGGGAAACUGAUUUUUUUCCUUGUUCAGCAUCCUGUGGAGGAGGUUAUCAGCUGACAUCUGCUGAAUGUUUUGAUCUGAGAAGCAAUCGGGUAGUAGCAGAUCAAUACUGUCACUAUUAUCCUGAAAAUAUCAAGCCAAAGCCAAAACUUCAAGAGUGUAAUCUGGAUCCUUGCCCUGCAAGUGAUGGAUACAAGCAGAUCAUGCCCUAUGACCUCUACCAUCCCCUUCCUCGAUGGGAAAGUACACCCUGGACUGCCUGUUCCUCAUCAUGUGGAGGGGGCAUUCAAAGCCGCAGCAUCUCAUGUGUGGAAGAAGACAUUCAGGGGCAUAUCAGCCCUGUGGAAGAAUGGAAAUGCAUGUAUACUCUAAAGAUGCCUGUUGUCCAGCCUUGCAAUAUAUUUGACUGCCCAAAAUGGCUUGCUCAGGAAUGGUCUCCGUGCACUGUGACCUGUGGACAGGGACUCAGAUACCGCGUGGUUCUUUGCAUCGAUCACAGGGGGAUGCAUACAGGAGGCUGUAGUCCUAAAACAAAGCCACACAUAAAAGAAGAAUGCCUUGUACCCAUUCCUUGCUACAAACCCAAAGAGAAACUUCCCGUGGAAGCAAAGCUGCCAUGGUAUAAGCAGGCUCAAGAGCUGGAGGAAGGAGCAGUGGUGUCUGAAGAACCAUCGUAA